AAAUGAAGUGGUGUUGUGGUCGUUUUGAUGACAAUGCAUAGGCGGCUGCAUAGUCCGCGUCGUAAGGUUACCAUGGGCUGGAACCAAUGGGUAAAUUUACAUUAUCCGUAUUUCCUUAUCAUGUCCCUCCCUUCCUUACCCCUCAUUCAGCUUUCUAGAUCAAAAGAUUGAGGGCAAGAAAUUCAAUUGUUUCCUGAAAACCCAUAAACACAAUGUCAGAACCAGAAUCGAUCAUCCACCAUGCCGGUGGCAUGAACGGCCCAACUGGCAGAAGUUAUGCCAGACGACCAAGUAUCCUACAUCCGGAUCUCCAAAUUCGUUCUAAAGAUGAAAUGCCAGAUCCGCAUGAAUUGGAGUUAGAAGAAGAGUACGAGGGCUGGCAUGGGUAUAUCGAAUGGGAGAAAUACCCCGAGCGAAAGCAAAAAGCAAGGGAGUUUCUGAAGAAGUUCAAGUUUCCUCCAGUAUAAGCCCCAUGAUAUUUCUUCAAAACAUUCAAAUGCUGAUUCAAUUACUGCUUAGCCGCCGGAAUUUCAAUUAGUUCCUUUACCAAAAACAAACCCAAUCCUAGAAGGAGUGAGAUGGAAACAGUAUCAUUAUGCCAUGGGAAGAAAGUUGAAGGAUGUCCCGGCAGAAAGUUGGCUAUUUGUCGAGAAGGAAAAAUCUCCAGAUAUGCUUCAUGUCUUACAAUUUCCAUACAAUGGAGAACCCCCUCGAGUAUGUUUCUUACUUUUCUCAAAAUAGAGAGAAUAGAUUUAACAAAACUAACAGAAUCGACUUGUUGAAUCGGCCAUAACUGCUAAUGAAGAUCAUUUUGUUCGGAACCAUGGUGGAAUUCCUGAAAUCGAUGAAGAUGUCUACUUCUUCGAUGUUGGUGGUUUGGUUAAUGAGCCAAAACGUAUCACCUUGAAAGAAUUAAAGGAUGAAACCAUCUUCCCGAGACAGAGUAAUGUCGUCACAAUCCAGUGCUCAGGAACUAGAAGAAUUGAGCAAAUCAGUCAGUAUCCAGGUGAUGGAGAUGAACUUAUCAAUGCGCCGGUAUGUAAAAAUUUCCCUCCCAAAACAUUUACAUGCUAAGAGAAAUAUAGUGGGGCGAAGGAGCUAUUGGAACCGCACGAUGGACCGGUGUAUCUCUCAAAAAAAUAAUCAAGUACUGCGGCGGUCUCAAAAACCCCUCUGGAGCAAACCAUCUCGAGUUUCUUGGAGCAGAUACCUACUUCAAAAAAGGCGAGGUAUCCAACUAUGCUGUAUCCGUUCCAUGGCGCAAAGUUAAAGUCAACGAGGUUCUUCUUGCUUGGGAAAUGAACGGAGAACCACUCCCUAAAAUUCACGGCUUUCCUUUACGUGCCGUGGUGUUUGGGUACAUUGGUGCUCGUUCCUGUAAAUGGCUUACAAGGAUUAAUGUUCUGCCUCACGAAUCCCCUGGGCCGGUCCAGAAGAAAGAGUAUUUGUAUUACAAUUCUCAGGUUGGUAAACACAAUGCGACUUAUAGUUCUGGGUUUAGUAUCCAAGAUAUGCCAGUAAGUUCGGCCAUCAUGAGCCCAGUAGAUAUGGAUCAAAUAGUGCAUGAUGGGAAGAUCAAAAUGAGGGGGUGGGCUUAUAGUGGGGGAGGACAUUGGCCGGUGAGGGUGGAGGUUAGUGGUGAUGGAGGAAAUAUCUGGUAUGAGGUUCCUUAUGAGAAUUUGAGUGAGAAGUAUUACCAUGCGUGGAGAUUGUGGGAAAUUGAUCUCCCGGUCGAUGCGGAGGGAUGGUUAGAGUUAGUGGUGAGGUGUUGGGACAAUUCGAUGAAUACGCAACCUACUUUUGUGAGAUCUACUUGGUACGUUUUCCUCCUUUUUACCAAGACAAUAGCUAAUGUCUGCUAGGAAUUGGGAUCUUCACGUAACAUCUUCCUGUCAUCGAAUCAAAAUCUUCAGUAUCAACAAGUCGAAACCGAAGACGGCAUUGAGGGUACAAAUUUAUGAGAAGAUGGGUAUACCAUUCUUACCAAUUACGCAACCAGGACCCUUCGAAUUGGAGGAUGAUGAGACUUAUGAUGCAGAGAUGGAAGCUAGAGGGGGUCGUGAUCCUAAAGAGUGAGAUGGAAGGAAUUUUAAUGUGGAGUUUGGUUGGUGAUUCUUUUCAGUGGCGCUGGGGAUCGAGCUGGUGCUAGUUAUUUGCAGUAUGUGAAUAGUUAAUCAUUGAAUCACUACCUGGUAUCU